GAAGGGCUUGUAUGCGUAGAUAUGUCAUGCUGGAGGAGAAAAGCAGGAAACAGAAGAGGAACUGGAUGCGGGAGUGGCGAUCGAUGGCUCGCCACCUCCAGCACGCGCUCCCAUCCCUCUCUGACCAUGUGGAGGAGGAACAGCAUUGCUAUCUUCCUGGUGCUCUGCACAGUACUAUUAUCCAAUGAUGUGGUGGGCCAAGAGGAACCAGUAACAGAUGCAGCACCAAGUGAUCCCGUAGCAGAUGACAAUAGCGUCACUCCUACUAUCAUGGACCCAGACGCCCAGCCAGUAACCACCAUUGCUCCAGACUCAGGUGUCCCGGCAGAGGAUGCACCUGCUGAAAACACACCUCCCUCAGUAAUCAGUUCCCCCAGUCCUGACAACCAAGAAGGUGGUGCCUCAGGUACCACAGCUGGCACCAGUGCUUCCGUUGAUGUGAUUAUUGAUUCGUCUGAUCUUUCCAACAUCCUUAAAACAAAGCCCAUAGUGGAGUGUGUCGGGAAGGAGGAGAUCGAACAGAGCAAAGCUUUCAAGACUGUGGUCACUACAAGUGACUGUGAGGAAACUAAAAAAAUUCUUGAAGAGAGCAGCAUAUACUGUUCGACCGAAGACUGCCAUGUGAAAGUCUUCCAGGAGGGACAAAACAUGCAGAUGGUCUCGAAAGAUGCUAAACCAAAUGUCGUGCUUGAAGCCCUCAAAGGGGAAUUGAAAGACAAGUUGGGAGUAACAAAAGUGGAGGAACCAUCGUCUUCAUCAUCGGGCCGCUCUGUCUUUGUGGGCGUCCUGAUUACCGGUCUGCUGGUUGCGGCUGCCAUUGUUGCUGCGUACUGCAAAUGCCAGCGCCGACCUGACAGCAAAGGAGUGAAAUUAGCAGAGGAGGCUUAUCCAGUGGAUCAGCAGAACCAGGGAAACACCCUUGUGUCCGUAGCUCCACUUAUCCCCCCGACAGAAACCCAAGAGAAACCCAAUGUGAACGGGGAAUCUCCUGAAGCUGCCAAGACCGAGUCUCCUCCCACUAAUGGCCACUCCGCCACUAAGACUGCAGACACCGAGCUGUGAACCCCCUUACACCCACUUACGCACACAUACACAUCCACCCCGUCACACACACAAACACAAACAAGCCCCACCAUCCCGCCUCAGACCCACCUACAUAGUCAUCAGGGACAUCGACACGGCUAUGGCCGCCCAUAUUCCCUUCUCUCCCGCGUUCCACAAUAAGCGUCAGCAAAAGUAGUCAGAUAAUGAUUAAAAUAGGAACGGUGGAUGUUAACGACGGCUCAGUUUCUGACUUAUUGACGGAACUUGACCCAGAGAUGGGAGUUGAGCGCUUUUGGGUGGGACAAAAAUGUUUUUUAGCAUGACUCACCCAUGACCGAGUCCCACGAGGGCUGUAGCGAGUUUGUUUUGCCGACACCCAUCAGCCCGCGUGUCAUCAGGCUUCUUCUGCUAACUGUAUAUAUAUGCAUGACUUCAUGUGAUCUUGUUUUACAUUCUAAUGUAAAUGUGUACAAAAGGUUUUGCCAUUACAAGGAAGCUAAAACUUAAACUCGUAAUUUUCACAUGUGCCUUCAGAGGCUGACGUUGCCAAGACCAUCAAUCAACAUCUAACUCAGCAAGGUUACGCAACAGUGUUAUUUCCUAUACAUUAUACUGUACUGUGUAUGCUAUUUUAUAUCAGUAUUCUAUUGAGCAGUGUGAUGUCAUUGUUGUCUCGUUUUUGUCUAUUAUUAUCAUCGCGUCUGUUCUUUUGCUACAACGUGCCCGAGUUUUUCACUUGAAAGAUUUUUGGACAACAUGAACUCUGGCACACAUUUACAAAGCAAGCAAAGUGCAUCGUGGUGCAAGUGUGAUCUUUUUUUUUUUUUUUUUGUAGAUUUUAGUUGCAAGAGAUUCAACGCAGAAGAAAACUACUGUUUAAAUGUUAAACUGGAACCCUGAUUUAAUUUUGUAUCGUGUUAUUACUCACAUUCCACUGUGACUGUUUUGUUUUACUAGCAGCCAGCCAUUUUAAAUUGACUUUUUAAGAUCAAAAGAAUC